AUUGUCUUGUACCCCGUAGCUGUUUAAUAGUUGUAAUGUAGUUCUAUAAAACCGUUACAUUUAUCAAAAUCAAUAAUUACUUUAUUGCUAACAAAUUAUUUGAGCCAUUCAAAUGCGCAAUACUACUUUGUGUGCUGACUGAUAAAAUUUCCGUAAACUUGCAACAUUAUUGACACAGGUGUCUGCUAUCGAGCUUUCGAUAGGUUUUUCAUUCGUUGAAUGAGCUUAUCAGAUUUUAGGUCAACCAGGUGUUCGAUUAGAUAUUAUCGGGCGAAUAAAUAGCCGCCUCUCGCCGACCGAAAAUCACAUCGAUUGUCAUUUCUCUCGGAGGACGCCACCAUGAAGGCUUUCGUCUUUGCUUGUAUAAUCGCUGCAUUCUGCGUCGCGGCAUCCCUGCAGAGCACCCCGCAUUAUCCAUGCGAUGACGGACCUCUACCUUUGGAAUUAAGGAUAGAGGGAUGUGACGGUUCUCCUUGCAUCAUCUACAAGGGGACUAACUUGACCGCGCAGUGGGACUUUGUCGCUAAUGCCGAUGCGAAAUCGCUUGUACCGCGAGUAAUGGUUACGGUCAUGGGUGCCAAGAUACCAUAUCCAUAUCCCGAGCAGGAUGCCUGCAAGUCCCUGAUAAAUGGCGAAUGCCCAUUGAAGAAGGACGCAGAGGUCACGUACAAUCUCGAGAUGCCGAUAUCUAAGACAUAUCCGACUGUGACUAUAAACAUCGAAUUCAGCCUAGUUGACGAGAACAAAAAUGUACAGGUGUGCUUCAAUGUGGAUGUGAAGGUGACCAAUAAAUAGGUUUCUUUCUCGUCGAAAUUGUGAUAAGGCGUAUGAUAAUAAAAUAUAAACGAAGUAAUUUUGUCCACUAUUUUUUUGCUACAAUGUGCCCAUAUUAUCAAAUAUCGAAUGUAUAAUAUAAUGAAAUUUUGUAUUUUAUGUCCGAUGAGACAUAUAUGAUCGAUAUAGAAUUGAGCUUUAAGAUAUAUAUGUAUAUCGCAAGAUUCUAUUUUUCAAGAUUCAAGAAAAUAAAUUAAAAUGUAGUUAAAUGCCUGAUUUGACUCGAAACUGUUGAUAGCAAUUUCAAUCUGAUAUUAUAAUCCGAUAAACCAAUAACGAAAUGAUUAAAUCACACAUAGGCGGCUGUAUUUCUACGCUCAUAAAUCUUUUAUAUAAUAAAAUCGUUCAGCAAUGUCGAAUCAAAGAUUUAAUAAGAUAACUCGCCAAAUAAAUUUUUCUUCAAGGUGAUCAAACGAAAGUAAUAUGUGGCAGACGAUGUAGCAAUGAUUAAUCGACAGGAUUACGAUAAACUUGUUGAAAGCUGAUAACUAUUAUAUGUAAUAAUUUUAAUCGCGAGUUUCGUAAUGAAUAUUGAAGUAAUUUAUUAAAAUCAAAUUACGCGCGACUAAUGUCACGUUAUGUGGUAAUAUUUCUAGCGCUAUAUUCACACAUAAGAUCGUCGUCAGAGAGAGUUUCACAUAAAAUAUAAAAAAAAAAAACGAUACAUUUUUCUCUCUUGGCGAAUAAUAUAUGUUGCCGUAUCCUCCAAUAUAGAAUAAUCCUAGUAAG